AUGCCCAACCAGAUUGCCCUCCUCGUUACAGAAAUCGGCAAGCCAUUGAUCAAGGCUUCGCGUCCUAUCCCAGAACCGAAUGAUGGAGAGGUCCUCAUCAGGGUCAAAGUUGCCGGCCUAAAUCCACACGACGCGAACUGUCGCGACGAAGGUCUUUUCAUCAAGGAUAUUCUUCCAGCGGUCCUGGCCGCGGAUGUUGCCGGCAUCGUGACACACCUAGGCCCCAAUGUCACCCGAUUUAGAAUAGGGGAUCAUAUCUUCGGACAGACUUCGCUGCCUAAUUUCAACACUGCUGGUCUUCAAGAAUUCGCCAUUCUUGAUACCAGAUUUUCAGCUGGGGUUCCUUUGGGCUUCACUGAUGCUCAGCUAGCGUCUCUACCAACUAACUUGGUGACAGCCGCAGUUGCAUUGUUUGAUUCCAGCUGUCUCGGUAUCCCCGCGCCGUGGGAUUCAAGUGCGGCUAGUUUUGACUACAAUUCAACUUCCCUUCUGAUUGUUGGCGGUGGUUCGAACACAGGAAAGUUCGGUAUUCAGCUCGCUGCUUUGGCGGGCAUUGCAAAUAUUAUCGUCGUUGCUGGAUUGAACGGUGCAGCGGAUUUGAAAGCUCUAGGAGCAACCCAUAUCAUUGACAGAACCAAGUCGUCGGCUGAAAUUGUCACGGAGGUGCGAGAGGUCACCGGGGACCAGUUGGUUUACGCUUUUGACACAAUCAAUCCACCUGAGAGCCAAUUUCUUGGCGUUGAGGCGUUGUCGAAUUCCAAGACUGGCAAGCUUGCUCGCUCACUAACUAUGGGGCCGAUCGACGAGAACAAGCUCUCUUUCAAGAAGUCGGCUGGCUUCGAGACGUGUGAUGUGCUUGGUGUUUCGAAUGUCAAAAUGGAUACCUCGGUUCCGCUUUGGGAACGAGUCGCCGGCCUAGUUAAAGAAGGGAAAAUUAAACCUCUUGGAUUUCACAUAGUUAAAGGAUUGGAUGAGGAUUUGGUGAAUAAGACGCUGGACGGGUACACGAACAAGACUUUGAGUGGCCAAUGGCAGGUUCAUCUUUGA